CCAUCCAGGCCUUUCUCCUCACAGAGCUUUGUGUGAAGCAAGUCUCUGCUGGGAUGAAGCACUUCAGCCUUGGAAUCCUUAUCACUAUCACCUUCCUGUGUGAGCAGCAUGGCUUUGCCUUUCAGAGUGGCCAGGUUUUAUCUGCUCUUCCUAGAACUUCCAGGCAAGUUCAAGUUCUACAGAAUAUUAGUGCAACCUAUGAGAUUGUUCUCUGGCAGCCAGUAACAGCUGAAUUUAUUGAAAAGAAAAAAGAAGUCCAUUUUUUUGUGAAUGCGUCUGAUGUAAGCAAUGUGAAAGCCCAUUUAAAUGACAGCAGAAUUCCAUUCAGCAUCUUGAUGGGAGAUGUGGAAAAUCUUAUUCGACAGCAGACUUCUAAUGACACAGUCAGUCCCCGGGCCUCCUCCUCAUACUAUGAACAAUAUCACUCACUAAAUGAAAUCUAUUCUUGGAUAGAAGUAGUAACUGAGAAGUAUCCUGAUAUGCUUAGAAAAAUUCACAUCGGAUCCUCUUACGAGAAGCGUCCACUUUAUGUUUUAAAGGUUUUUGGAAAAGAACAAACGGCAAGGAAUGCCAUAUGGAUUGACUGUGGAAUUCAUGCCAGGGAGUGGAUCUCUCCAGCUUUCUGCUUAUGGUUCAUAGGCUAUGUAACCCAAUUCUAUGGGAAAGAGAAGCUGUAUACCAAUCUUCUAAGACACAUGGAUUUCUAUAUUAUGCCAGUGGUUAAUGUGGAUGGGUAUGUCCACACAUGGCAAAAGAAUAGAAUGUGGAGAAAGAACCUCUCGUUUCAUGAGAACAAUCGUUGCAUUGGAACAGACCUGAACAGAAACUUUGCUUCUAAACACUGGUGUGAAGAAGGUGCAUCAAGUUUCUCAUGCUCUGAAACCUACUGUGGACCUUAUCCUGAAUCAGAACCAGAAGUAAAGGCAGUGGCAGAUUUCUUGAGAAAAAAUAUUAACCAUAUUAAAGCUUACAUCAGCAUGCAUUCAUACUCCCAGCGGAUACUGUUCCCAUACUCCUAUAACAGAAGCAAAAGCAAAGAUCAUGAGGAACUGUCUCUAGUGGCCAGUGCAGCAGUUCGUGCUAUUGAGAGUAUUCAUAAAAAUACCAAGUAUACACAUGGCAGUGGCUCAGAGUCUUUAUACCUGGCUCCUGGAGGUUCCGACGACUGGAUCUAUGAUUUGGGGAUCAAGUACUCAUUUACAUUCGAACUUCGCGAUACAGGCAGAUACGGAUUUUUGCUGCCAGAACGUUACAUCAAACCAACUUGUACAGAAACUCUCGCAGCAGUCUCUAAAAUAGCAUGGCAUGUCAUCAGGAAUGUUUAAUGCCCUCGGUUUCUCACUCUGCUUCCGUACUUUUACCGAUUCUAAAGAGACCAAAUCAUACUAGUCUCUAAGUUUGAUCAGUAGUUUUUUGAGAAAAGGUUUUCCCAUUUCUUGUUUUUGUCAAAGAACACAAUAUGUUACUUUGAAAUUAAGACAAAGGUUCACGAGUAUGUUCAAUUUUUUAAAAUUUUUAUGAGGCUAGGCAGUCAUCUACUUUCUGAUGUUUCACUAGCUAUCUCAAGCAACUGUAAUAAACAGAUCCACGGCACUCACUGGAUCUAACCAACAGAAAGGUGGUCGGGAAUACCGUACACUCAAGUUUUCCGGUCGCCUCAAUGAACCUCAGCUUGCGCCCCUACAACCGCGCCCGUGCACUCCGCCCGCCGCAGUCACUGGCGCAGCCCCGGCCCGGAGCCCUGCGAGCCGGGCGGACCCCGCCUCUCGCCCAGGCUCCGCCGCUCAAUAAACACUGUGGGACGAACGAAAAGAACGAGUGUAAUUACUUUCGAUAACAAACACGAUACUUGGAGCACCAACUCAGUGUAACACGGUCUAUAAUAAAAGAGGAAACAAUU